UUGAUCUAGGGAAAGCAGGUGUUGUCACUGAUUGGUGAAGUUGUGUGACGUAGAGAUGUGAGGGGAGUGGCUGUGAGUAGAGGAGCUCGGGAACAGGUGUGUUGUGUGGACGGAGGAGACGAUCUGUAGUGUCUGGGAUAAUAUCGGUCAAUUGUCCUCGUCGUCAUCCAUCAUCAUCAUGUUUCCUCAGAAGAACGUUGUAAGAGACCACUGGGGUUUUCUACUUCUAUGCUUUUCAGCCUUCAUUGCUGCUAGUUAUGGAGAAUGUGGUCUCCCGGAACGAAUCUCAUAUGCAGAGCCUAAACAAGGUGCUCUUGAUCAGAACACCUUUCCUCCUAAUGCAACUGUGUCCUAUGAUUGUAGGCCAGGCUAUAUACGGGUUCCUGGCAAGAAAAAUUCAAUAACCUGCUUGGAGGACGAUACAUGGUCUACUCCUGAAGUAUUCUGCAAACGUAAAUCAUGUGGAAAUCCUGGAGAACUGUUAAAUGGCAACAUAGAGGUUACAGACUUUUUAUUUGGCUCUACAGUGACAUAUACAUGUAAUGAAGGGUAUCUUUUAUCGAACAAACGAAAUUUCAGCGUAUGUCUAGCAGAUGGAAUAUGGAGCAAUGUUCUUCCUCAAUGUGAUGCUGUAAUAUGUGCUCCACCACAAUCACCAGCUAAUGGAGAAUUUAAUCCACAAAAAGAUGAGUACGAAUAUUUGAAUUCUGUAACAUUUUCAUGCCAGAAACCUUUAGAAGUCGCUGGCAAUGCUUCUAUAUCCUGUACAGGAACCGGGGAGUGGAGUUCCAAUUCUCCUACAUGCAAAGCUGUAAAUUGCCCUAAUCCAGAUGUUAAAAAUUCAAGAAGACUGUCGGGGUUCACUGGGCCAUAUACAUUGAAUUCUGCUAUAUUGUUUGAGUGUAAUAAAGGCUUCGUUCUGAGGGGGUCCAGUUCAAUCUCAUGCAACAUUGAUAGUGAGUGGGUACCCGCAAUUCCACAGUGUGACAUUGUAAAUUGCUCUAAUCCAGACGUUAAAAAUUCAACAAGACUGUCAGGGUUAACUGGCCCAUAUACAUUGGAUUCUGUUAUAUCGUUUGAGUGUGAUAAAGGCUUUGUUCUGAGGGGAUCCAGCUCAAUCUCAUGCAACAGUGAUGGUCAAUGGGUACCCGCAAUUCCACAGUGUGAAAUUGUAAAUUGCUCUAAUCCAGACGUUAAAAAUUCAACAAGACUGUCAGGGUUAACUGGCCCAUAUACAUUGGAUUCUGUUAUAUCGUUUGAGUGUGAUAAAGGCUUUGUUCUGAGGGGAUCCAGCUCAAUCUCAUGCAACAGUGAUGGUCAAUGGGUACCCGCAAUUCCACAGUGUGAAACUGUAAAUUGCUCUAAUCCAGAUGUUAAAAAUUCAAGUAGACUGUCAGGGUUAACUGGCCCAUAUACAUUGGAUUCUGUUAUAUCGUUUGAGUGUGAUAAAGGCUUUGUUCUGAGGGGAUCCAGCUCCAUCUCAUGCAACAGUGAUGGUCAGUGGGUACCCGCAAUUCCACAGUGUGAAACUGUUGAAUGUUCAAGUCCAGAUGUGGCCAAUGCAGCUAGAUUAUCUGGGUUUUCUGGUUCAUACCAUUUUAAUUUCACUGUCACAUUUGAGUGUUUUCCGGGCUUUACAAUGAAUGGCUCCAACUCUGUCAAGUGCAAUGCCAGCAGCCAGUGGGAUCCUCCGUUGCCUACAUGUAAUGAGAACAAUGUUGCAGAAGUUAUGGGAAAUGGCAUUGUUAUCCUCACAAUGAUCUUUAUGGGACAUGUAUUAAGUCAUCACUUCUGAGAUGUAAAUCGCAAAAGAAUAUUACUUAAGAUGAGAUGUCUACUGUUGCACUAAAACCUGCCUGAUGUGAAGUGCCUAUGAAAUGCCUUGAUAUGCCUUGAUAUUCUUAUGAUUAAUUGCACUAAGUUUAUGUUAAAGUUAUCUUCAUUGGUAAAGAACUUCCAAAGGGAUUGGCUAUAUUUUAACACAGAUUUUUUUAUUUUUUGUUAUGCUCAUUUUGCACUUGGGAUUAUUACCUCUUUAAGAAUUGUGCCUUGCAUCAUGUUUGUAAACUAAAAAAAACACACUCCUAGACUCACGUUAGAUUUAUGUUAGAUUUACAUACGAUAAGCGGAUUGGGCCUAAAAGUUUUAAUUGCAAAUAACUGUAAAUACUGGUAGGGGUUCUGUAAAUAAUAAAAAAAAUAGAAUUAUAUUGUAGAGGACUAAA